AACCCUCGUGCCGUACAGUUUGCGAGGGAGGAGACCGGUUGUUUCUGGCAUCCCCUCUGAAUACAUACAUAUAUACAUACACGUACACGUAUGAUGUAUACGUUUCGCAUACAUGUGUGCGUGCGUGUGCUAUGUAUCCCUCUCCUUCUCCUUCUCCUUCUCCAUCUCUCUCUCUCUCUCUCUCUCUCUCUCUCGAUUUGAUGCCAGUAGCACGAGCGCGCGCUUUCGAACACGACGCGUCGUGUUUGCUGUGAGGGACGAUCAGUCUGUUCUCCACGUUCUCCACGCAAGGACAAUCGUCCGUCGACCGUACUGUUCGAUUCUAAAUCGCGACGUGAACUUUAAUCGGGAAGCAAAUGUGUUUAAUAACUCGUAAAUGACAUGCAUUUAUUUGGUUUACAUGAGAAUCUGCGCUUAUUCUCAUGUAUCGUCGCGAGAUGAAAGUGUGCGGGAUGCCAAUGUGACUGAUGACUCGCGCUUGAAAAUUAAAAAGUUAUCUCUAUAUUUAAACGGUUCAACCCUCUUUUAUUAACGCAAAAGAGUGCGCGAGUAAUAAUACGUUUGGUUUGUUAUGACUCAGUUAGCAUAUUCAAGAUCAUUUUUGUCGUCGCCGCCGCCGCCGCCGCCGUCGCCGUCGUCGUCGUCGUCGUCGUCGUCGUCGUCGUCGUCGUCGUCGUCGUCGUCGUCGUCAUCGUCGUCGUCGUCGUCGUCGUCGUCGUCGUCGUAUCGAUAUUCUGUUCGAUAACCUCGAGAUGAGGCCUCUUUUGGUACUCGCGAUCAUUUGCUUGCUAGCGAAGAUCGUCGAUUGCCGGGCCAUAGAAAAUGAUGAAAAUCGGCGCGGUAAACGACGACAUAGGUUCUCUAUCGAAGAAUUACUCACCAUCAAAUUUUCACAUGUUAUUACCGGAGAUUUGGACAUCGAUAUUUGUAAAGCUGGCGGUUUUCUUGGUGACAUUGCACUGCCAAAUAUUAAAUAUGAUACAGAAUGGCGCGAACAAAAGUUGAAUAAAAGCUACCUGGAAGAAUUAGAGAAAUACAGGGAGGAAAUAUUAAAGGAAGGUCUUCAAGUAGAGGAAGAAGGCCUUACGGAGAUCCUUCAGUUUAAGAGUGAACAUGAUGUUAACAAACAAGUGUUCAAUGAACACAACGAUGCGGUUGUCAAAAAAAAAUCUGAGUCGAUAGAUCGCAAUCAAUAUAGCAUGGGUGGCGAGUCUGAUGGUUUCAGCUUUAACGAUAGGAGCGAUGAUACUAAUCCUGCAGUGAAAAACGAGGGUUUAGUGUUUAGACUGGAAUCCUCGACCCAAGCUUCGAAAAAAAAGUAUUUCGAACGACAAGCUCGUCGACAGAUUUCGAGGACGGUAUUGAUAUCAGAAUCAGUGAAAGCUAGACAUCCGACUCAUGACAUGCCUCUCGAAUUUUCAACCUCUACAGCUUUUACUACCGAGCCCAGUAAAUAUGUAGGUCGUGUAUAUACAGACAACAUCAAGGAAACAUUUAAUGCGCAAACUGAAUUGAAUACGCAAAAUCCAUCGAAUCGACGACGGCGACGUCAUCAUCGUAAAAGAAUUUUAGGAAGACGUUCUCACCAUCAUUGCAAUCGACGAACGCAUGACUUUAUUACCGAUGCAUCGGACGAAGUCAUUUCUGCACACGAUCGACGUCUUCGUUCUAUCGAAUUCUAUAAUAUGGAUCACAAGCCGAAAUUGAUAAACAAGCAUGGCACGAAACACUUUUCAAGCAGAAUACGUCGAGCCGCUACUGCGAGGAAGGAACGAGUAUGGGAUCAUGGGGUCAUUCCCUAUGAGAUUGAUGGAAAUUUUUCUGGUGCACAUAAAGCAUUAUUCAAACAAGCAAUGAGACAUUGGGAAAAUUUUACUUGCGUCAAAUUUGUAGAGAGAGUAUCCAGAGAGCAUCCUAAUUAUAUUCUAUUUACGGAAAGACCUUGCGGAUGCUGUUCUUUUGUCGGAAAAAGAGGUAAUGGACCGCAAGCUAUUAGCAUUGGUAAAAACUGCGAUAAGUUUGGUAUAGUUGUACAUGAAUUAGGUCACGUCGUUGGAUUUUGGCACGAGCAUACUCGACCAGAUCGUGAUCGUCAUGUACAAAUUAUCCGCGAUAAUAUUAUGAGCGGUCAAGAAUACAAUUUUAAUAAAUUGACAGAAGAAGAAGUGAAUUCACUCGGCUUGCCCUAUGAUUAUGACUCCAUCAUGCACUAUGCAAAAAAUACCUUUUCAAAAGGUACUUAUCUGGAUACAAUUUUACCUAUGGAAACUCAUGGAAAAAAGAGACCCGAAAUCGGACAAAGAAUCAGACUAAGCGAAGGCGACAUCGCGCAAACAAAUCUUUUAUAUAAAUGUCAUAAGUGUGGUAGAACAUUUCAGGAGAACAGUGGUAUCUUUGCAUCACCAAACUACCCAAACAAUUCUCCACCUACUGAUGGAGAACGAUGCGAAUGGAGAAUUACGGCUACACAUGGUGAACGUAUCGUCCUAAAUAUCACAUUUCUUGAUAUAUUCAAAAGCAAUUAUUGUCGCAGUGAUUAUCUUGAAAUUCGAGAUGGAUAUUGGCAUAAGAGUCGAGUAUUAGGUCGAUAUUGUGGUAGCGGUAAAAUGCACGAGCCAAUAGUGUCAAGCGGAAGUCGUAUGCUAGUAACAUAUGUGAUAUCUAGCAAGCAAAGUGGUCAUCGUGGCUUCACGGCUAGUUAUGAAGCUGUUUGCGGCGGUGAUGUCGAAUUAGAUGGUAUAGGUCAUUUGGAAUCACCAAAUUAUCCAGAAGAAUAUCAAUCCAGUAAAGAGUGCGUGUGGAAACUGUCCGUACCCCAGGACUAUCAAGUGGCCUUGAAGUUCCAGUCUUUUGAAAUCGAGAACCACGAUAAUUGCGUGUAUGACUACGUUGAAGUGCGUGACGGACAUGACAACGAUUCCCCCUUAAUCGGCGUUUAUUGUGGGUACAAGAUACCACCAGAUAUCAAGUCGGUGGGCAAUAAGCUACUUGUUAAGUUUGUUAGCGACGGUUCCGUACAAAAGGCUGGCUUCUCGGCAACUUUUAUGAAAGAAUUCGAUGAGUGCAUAUUAACGGAUCAUGGUUGCGAGCAUAAUUGUACCAAUACGCUCGGUGGAUAUGAAUGUUCUUGUAAAAUUGGUUACGAGCUACAUUCCGACGGCAAACAUUGCGAAGAUGCAUGUGGUGGAUUUUUUAAUGGUAGUAAUGGCACCAUCACUAGCCCAUCGUUUCCCGAAGCAUAUCCAGGAAAUAAAAAUUGCGUUUGGGAAAUUGUUGCACCAUCUCAAUAUCGCAUUACUUUAAAUUUUACUCAUUUCGAUCUCGAAGGCAAUAAUGUGUAUCAGGAAGAAUGCGAGUAUGAUUCUGUGGAGGUGGCGAGUAAGCUUGGCGACGAUGUUCUCAGAAAGCAUGGAAUAUUUUGCGGUGCUCGGUUACCGUCACUAAUAACAUCCGAGGGAAAUUUCAUGAGAAUUACUUUCACAUCUGAUAACAGGUUUUAUUUUAUCGUCCAAAAAUCAGGAUUUGCUGCCAUAUUUUUUACGGAUAUGGAUGAGUGUGCCAGUAACAAUGGAGGGUGCCAGCACGAGUGCAAAAACACAAUAGGUUCUUAUCAAUGCUCUUGCCACAAUGGUUUUACACUUCAUGAAAAUGGUCAUGAUUGCAAAGAAGGUGGUUGCAAAUACGAAAUUAUUGCACCCGUGGGAACAAUUACUUCACCAAACUAUCCGGAUUAUUAUCCUGGUCGUAAAGAUUGCGUCUGGCAUUUUACUACGAAACCAGGCCAUCGAAUAAAAUUGGUCUUUAAAGUUUUUGAAAUGGAAUCGCAUCAAGAAUGUGCAUAUGAUCAUAUUGUUAUUUACGAUGGAGAUUCGCCAGAUAGUCUUACCUUAGGUAGAUUUUGUGGUACUAAAGAACCGCAUCCAAUUCUUGCAACUGGUAAUCAAAUGUACAUGGUCUUUAAGAGUGACGCUUCCGUGCAAAGAAAAGGAUUUUUAGCGACCCAUAGUACAGCUUGUGGUGGUCAUCUUAUGGCAACAGAUAGAGUGAAGCACUUAUAUUCUCAUGCUAAAUAUGGUUAUCAUAAUUAUGAUCACAAUACAGAUUGUGACUGGAUAAUAGAAGCACCACUUGGCAAAAAUGUUCAUUUAUCUUUUCAUUCAUUCCAACUCGAAUAUGAAACUGAAUGUGGAUAUGACUUUGUUGAAGUGUUCUCCGGUUUAGAUGUUUCCAGUCCUCCAUAUGGGAGAUUUUGCGGUAAUUCUAAUACCACAGAUUUUAUUUCUAUGAACGAAGCGCUACUGGUAAGGUUUAGAACGGAUGAUACAAUUUCGAGCAAAGGUUUCAUAGCCAUAUUUGUAGCAAUCGAUCGACAGGAUAGUGAGGAAAAUUUCGGUGGUGAAGAUGAUGAAGAACAAAAUCUUUGAUUUUUAGCUCGAUUGUUUAAUGAGUUAAAAUAAGUGAAUUCUGAGUUGACUAUUUUUGCAAAAAGUACUAGUUUUAUUACAAUAUUACACGUAUAUUUUUCUAUAUAUGUUAGAUGAAAUUUUCAUCAAUGUGAUAGAAACCACGUUGUUUUUUUUAAGGAUAUACAACAUUGAAUAAAAUAUAAAAAAAUCGGCCUGAUCGGAGCUUGAAAUAAAUCUGUUUCAAGUAAUAAUCUAAUGUGAUGUGAAUUAUUGAUUAAAUAUGAAUGUGAUGUGAAUUAUUGAUUAAAUAUGAAGUAAUAUUUUCCAUAAUAUGGGGUUAAUAACUAAAUAUAUCACGUGAUGACGCACACAUCGCAUUCUAUAAGAUUUAAAUCUUAAUACAUCGAUUUAUGUGUGUAGUGUUAUUUCUUGAGUCAUAUUAAAGCAACAGACAAGUAUACUCUAUAAAAUAUGUACGAUAUUGUAAUUUCAAUUGCGAAAGUUUGACAAUUGUGACGAUUAUAACGACGACAUAUUUUUUUUAGUUUUUCGCUCGUGCCUCAUGGCAUUUAAAUUAUAAUAUAAGGAAAAUAAAAAGCAAACUAUUCUAUCAAGUAAUAAUUUUAUCGUCACUAAAAAAGCUCCCGUUAAAACUGUAUAUUUAACAAUAAGUUAAUGUAUUUAAGUUUAGUCAACGAAAUAAUUAAUGUGGCAUUAAACAAUUUCUGCAUUUAGAAAAGAAUUAUCAUAUUUGUCUUAAAGUAUAUGUACACUGUAGAUUUUUUAAGCUAGAGCUGGAGCGUGUUAUUUGGAGUCUAGAUAUAUAAACAGAACCUAGAACGUUUUAGCAGGAUGCAAUCUAAGCUCUAAUUAGAGUCGAUAAGAUACAUCUAAGAACAUGUAAUGUAUACAGCCAUCUGAUAUUUUAGACUGCUCUAAGUCUAUUUAUCCAGACAAACAGAUUUCACUUUACUAAAUUUGCUUUUAUCAUGUUUCAUAUGAAAACAUUCAAUAAGUGUUGCAUGGGACAGGAAUAAAACAUUAAAGUUAUUAAAAUUUUAAUGUUUAAAAACAAAUGUUGAAAAAUCACUUUCCUUAGAUAAGUGUUUUAUUUUUUUAUAUUCAGAGACAGAGAUGCGAAUUGCAGUAAAAAUUUGAAAUCUUAAUGAGAUAUACGUAUAAAAUUCAUGAUACGAAUUUAUCUGUCUUUAGCAAACAAUUUUUUUGUUAAUUUAGCAUCAGAACCUUCUUAUUUUCUUCUAACAAUUCAUAUCCUCCUUUUCGAUUUUCAUUUCUUCUUUUUUAACGAUAAAAUUACAAUUACAGCAACAAUAAUAUAUCUAUUUAUAAUGUGACUAAAUACAAAUACAAAGUUUAGAGAUUUCAUUUCUAAACUUUUUCUCUCGCUCCGGCAUAGAAUGUAGAGUGAAAGUGAUGUAAACGGAAGCUAGAUU